AUGACUUCGUUGUUGCCUUUUACGCCACCGAUUGUUAAACGACUUUUGGGUUGGAAGAAAGGCGAGGAAAACGACGAAGACAAGUGGGCUGAGAAAGCGGUCAAGAGUUUGGUUAAAAAAUUGAAGAAAACAGGAGGUUUAGAGGAGCUCGAGAGAGCUAUAACAAACCCAGGCUUACCGACAAAAUGCGUGACAAUACCACGGAGUUUGGACGGCCGCCUACAAGUCUCGCAUCGUAAAGGAUUGCCACAUGUUAUAUACUGUCGACUAUGGCGCUGGCCUGACCUACAAAGUCAUCAUGAAUUACGACCUGUGGAUUGCUGUGAAUUUGCUUUUAGCCUCAAGAAAGACGAAGUGUGUGUCAAUCCCUUCCACUAUCAGCGCGUCGAAACGCCAGGUAAAUAAAUACAAACACAACAUAUAGAAAUAUAUAUUAAUACAAUACAACUUGUCGUUUGUAUACUAUAGAGCGACUGUUAUCAUACAGAACUAGCGUGCAUGUCACGUUUCGGUUGACAUUUGCACAACAAGUAGCAGAGUAAAAAGCAAGCAUUAUUAUUCGAUGUUAUUGUUCGAAAUAGUUACACAAGCGAAGGGGGACGCAUUUUGUUGUCUUGUUUUAUAUGUUGUAGUACAUGCAUGUUGUUGUUCUUUCAUGCAUGUGGUCGCCGGGCGCAAUUUUAGCGAAUUUUUGCAAAAAAAAUCCGCAUGACUUGGCACAUCUAUGGCUCUCGAACUUGCGUGUUCUGAAAUGUAUCAAUUUGAGAACAUAUUAGAAUAUCGGACGUAAUUGGAACGAAUGUUGUCGUGACCGAAUAUAUUGAUGGAUUUCGAAGUAAUGUGUGAAGUACAUUGACUCGAGGCAUUGUUGGUGGUCAAAUGGGGCUGAGUAUUGUACACAAUCAGAUGGGUUCUAUUUUGCUUUUAAAAAUAUUUAUCCGAAGCCAUGGGUCGAUCGGCAUAACAAUACUUAAAUAAGAAUUACGAAUCCAAAAUGGCUUCCUGAAUUUGUCAUGAAAAAAACAAACGAUGUUUGAUUUAUAUUCGAACAGGCAAACGAUACAAAAUGUCGGCACGAUUGAGUCAUUCAUAAAUGACAUUACACAUCCAAUUCACAGUACAAAAAAUUGCGUCAACAAUAGCCACCUAAACUCGUUCCAUGUGAAUGCAAUUAAUCGCAUUCGGCAAGGAUUAUUUUCAAAGGAAAAUGGCACAAUCUAACCGCAUUCAUGGCCGGCUUCUCGAAUGUUCGUUUGAGAACUCUACAUAUUUUUGAAGUGCCACUUUAUAAAUUAGUUAUUGUUUUCCUUUUAAUUUCCCCCUGUUUCAGGUCUGAUAUAAUCUGAGCCCCUGUUUUAGAAUUGGGUUGAAAUAUCUGGGCAAAUUUAUUCGGAAAUUUGAAAUUAUUUUCUGGCCUAGAUUUUGAAGGAUUAAUACAUAUGUGGGUGUACUGGGAUUUGUCUGAGAGGCAAAAUAAUGUGAUGAAAUCCAGCGUAUUUUGAUGACCCCAAAAGAUUGAAAUAUGUCCACAGCUACUUCUCUCUGUAAAUCUGUGAAAAAAAUUCCCAUGAAUUUCAUGUGUAAAAAAUUCCCAUGUGUAAAAAAAUUACCAAUUGACAGUUUCAGUAACUGUUACUGGUCACACAGAUGGUGCUCGGUUGUAGAAAUAUCAUCACUUUAAGCAAGCAACUUACAUUUGGUGGCAAUGUGGAGAGAUGUAGUGUAAGACUAUAGUACAAUAAUGAAAAGUUUUCACCACUUUCCCCACAUUGAUAACUGACUGGUGACCAGCAUCUGUUGCUGGUAAUUUGUAACCCAUUCAGAACUUUGCAUUGCACCCCAAUGCGUCCCUGCAUAAUAACAAUGCGUCCCUGCCAAACAACAUUACCCGUCAACUGGACAGCGCUGGUGCUCAAUGGGUUAAAGAAACCCACCGAUACUUUGCAUUGCCUCUGAAUUCACAUCAUUUGCUAAAGCUGUCGAAUUGGCGUUUUCAAAACCAAGUUACUCAUCUGCCAUUUACGUAUUUGAGAGAGCAGUUUGUGGGGUUAUGCACAAAUUGAGCGUUACCUCGACUAUAGUUUAUAGUGUAAUGUAGAUAUAAUUGUAAAGUUUAUAAGGGGUGUGCCUCGCAUGGGGUGUGCCUCACCUGUUCGCACUUUUCCUUUUGGGCAAUACCUAUUUAUUGUUAUUGUUAACAUUCAAGAAUUUUGAUACGGUAACUGCCAUUCCCUGCAUGAUAGACUGAUAGUGUUUGUGAAAACCUAUACCAUUUGAAAACAGGAACUCCAGAACAUUACAGUACCGACCGACAGCAGUGCCUGCAUGGUGUUCAAACGAGGCCACAAUUGGUACAGACCGUCCCAAAAGUUAUACUUUAUUACAAACAUUUUCAAACUGUGUUGCAAGGAAUUUUUGUUUGCAUAUUUGAUAGUUUUAUCCUCAAUAAAACUUAAUCCACCUUCUUAACCUGUCUGAAAUUGGAUAGAUUUUUUUUACCAUGGCAUUUUAAACUCAUUUCCUGAGGAAUGAUGUCAUCAGAGACAUUAAUCCUGGCAUCAGAAACAUAGGCUGUAAAUCUGUCACAUAGAGUUAUAUUACCAUGAUAUUUUCUUUUUUGGUAUAAUGUACUCAGGUGAAUAUGAUGCUUGUGAUGUUACUCUGAGUGUAUAUCCACACCGGGCAAGCUUGAAAAAUAUGCCUGUCCAUGGUGGGAAUUGAACCAGAAUUCCCACUGUGGACAGGCAUAUUUUUCAGGCUUGCCCAGUGUGGAUAUAUACACUCAGAGUAACAUCACAAGCAUCAAAUUUCUACCACUUGGCAUGUGUUUUGAGAAUUUGAAUGUUGGUCAGUAGGAGUUUAGAAUAGGAGAUGAAUGAAUCACACAGAAUGCCAUUUACCUUUUACUGUUUAACACCUUUAUACAGUAUAAACCAUUUUACUGUUAUAAAAAAACUUGCAGUUUAAUGGAGUUGGACUUCUCUAAUAUGGAUCGAACCAAAGCAAUACAGCAGUGUCGCUAUUAAGUUCCUAACGAAGGGCGUUUGCUCGACAUGUUGAAGUUCUCCACAAAUCAUUCAAGCUCAUAAGGAUAGGUGUGACCAAUAAUUAAUUUUUUUCAUGUUUAUACAUGAAAAAAACACAAUUUUGUCGUUUAAAUCUGUGACCCUGGAUUGUCAUCGAUUGCAAUUAAUACUGUGUCAAUGACCGUAUCACAGAUUCACAGAAUCGUUAAAUUGUUGGCACAUUGCGAUAUUCAGGCAGUCCAUUAAUCGAACGGAGCAGUAUCAUAAAAUUUACAGGGUCAUGCUUAAGUUCAAUAUAAUUAUGUUGUUAUUAGUUGUGGUUUGCGGUGAAACAACCAAGAAAGGAUAAUCAAUCCAUUUGAUUUCUGGAAUACAGACAAACCUCUACUUAUGAACACACCUUUUUAAUAAGGACAACUCUCUUAUAUGGAGCCUCCCUAUUUUGCAUUUCUCCUGUGGUUCCCUUCAGCAUUUCGUAUAACCAAGCAAGAAUUAUAGUAAUACCAAACCUGGUGGCCUAUUGAUGCCAAUUAAUAAAGCUGUAAUUUUGUUCCUUUAUCCACUUGAAAGUUGUAAAUUAUUUCCUGGAAUUGUUAAACCUUAAUAUAUAAUCCCGGAGGGAAAUAUCGAGAAACACAUCAGAUAAUAAACAACACCUUAGGGAAAUAUUGAAUAACACAUCAGGUACUAAACAAAUAUGGCAACGAAAGUGAACAUUCCUUCACACAUACAUGUUUUUAAAACAUAAUAAGAUUCACAACAUUUUUGACAUAAUAAGAUUCACAGCUUUUACUAAAGUUAACUAAACCAGGUGCUAGUAAGCAUGUAAAAUGUUUCUCAUGACAUCAUGCCUCACUUAAUUGUAACUUUAGUCUUUAGUAUAAUGAUGAUUUUGCAACAAAUUCGAAAUAUAACGAACUCAUUGUCGUCUUGUUUUUACUCGUACUUUUGUUUAUGCAGAAGCAACCAAAGUUGGGCAAUAAAAUCAGUUCAAUUUUUACUUUAGGAUAUUUCUGGUGUUGAACAUUCCCUUGACUCCCUUAUCCACUUGAGAAAGUUGUAAAUUAUUAUAUCAUGGAAUACCAAUUUAACCCCAGGAAAUAUUAUGAGACAUUCAAAAUACUAAAAAGAUAUUGCAGGCAAAAGAUAGCAUUCCUCACAUAUAGAAUAUUUUUAUAUUGUACAAUUCGUACGUACCCGAGGGGUGUAUCACAAAAUCUCGUCCUGUUCGAAAAAUCCCGGAAAAUUCCCUAUGAGAAUCCCUAAUCUUUUUAGAAAUCCCUACAAAUCCAAAAAAAAAAUAUCUCGGAAAAUCUUGAAAUCCCCCCCAAACCCUGAAUAAUCCCACACUAAUUUGGUUAUAUUGUUAUCAGCGGUGCUUAACAUGUUCAAACACGAUUAAUUCUCUGUAUAAACACCAGUGGAAUGAGAUAAUUUCAUAGAAUAUAUAUCGUACGAAGCAGACUGUGAAUUAAAGUUCCAUCUUGACACUAGAUCAAGGCUGGAUUUUGGUGGAUGUGGUAAACAAUUUAGGAGAGGUGCAGCGGUCUAGCUCAUGACUUAUGGUUGGGAUUCAACUACCUGAAAAUAUAUAAGGAGAAUUUCGACGUUUCGAGCGAAGGCCCUUUUAAUGAAUUAUGACUGUACAACUCAUCGAAUUUUGCCCUUCAUUACAAUUACUGCAAAGCUUCUUUCAGAACAUUGCAUUAAAAGGGCAAUAUAACAGUUUCAAUUUUACAGAAAAACUUUCUUUCGAAGC